AUGUUAUGGAAAAGAACUGAUCUGGAGAGUUUAGACUAUGAUCUAUUUGAAAGCGUCGUAAACAAGUCCGGUAUGGGCAACAAGGAUCGCUAUGGACAGGAAAAGAAUCGACUCAUCUAUGCGCGCUGGUUCCUCACACUUAUUACAGGCGUCAUUACGGCACUUGUAGCGGUAUUUAUGCUCUACUUUACUACGCUGCUUCUAUCGCUCAAGCAGCAUUUACUCGAGUACACUAUCCAGCAUGAAUUGGCCAAGAACGUGCUCUUUGGCACUACAUUCUGGAGCAUCGUAGCGUUCAAUCUCGGGCUUGUGGCAAUUGCUGCAACUGUCACUUCUUUUGGAGAGCCAGUAGCUGCUGGAUCAGGUAUUUCGGAAGUCAAGACAACGCUUAACGGCAUGAAGAUCCCACGUAUGCUGCGUCUACGCACAUUCUUUUGUAAAAUCAUUGGCACUGUAUGCUCUGUUGCUGGUGGUUUACCAGUAGGAAAAGAAGGACCUAUGAUUCACAGUGGCGCAAUCGUCGCGGCAGGGCUUUCUCAGGGUAAAUCGUCCACACUCGGCUACGACACGAGCUUUUCCUAUUUUGGAGGUUUCCGAAAUGAUAGGGAGAAACGCGACUUCGUUGCUUGUGGCGCGGCAGCUGGUGUUGCCUCAGCGUUCGGAGCUCCCAUCGGUGGAGUUCUGUUCGUCUUGGAGGAAGGCGCAUCAUUCUGGAAUCAGACGCUCACCUGGAGAACGCUCUUUUGCGCCAUGUCAGCGACAUUUACAUUGGCAUUCUUCCUCUCCGGAAUGAACGAUAACCUGUCAUGGGGUACGCUUGGAAGUCACACGGGAAGCUUUAGCUUUGGGCCAUUCACAUCUAGCACAUACCAAAUCUGGGAGGUUCCACUUUUUAUUAUGAUGGGCAUUGGUGGCGGGCUGCAAGGAGCAUUAUUCAACGGUCUUAAUACGCGUCUAUCAAAACUACGUUCUCGUUGGGUGCGCACACGCGGAGUCGCGUGGAUGGAAGCCCUACUGCUGUCGGUUCUGAUCUCAUCGCUCCUGUUUUCGACACCAUUUCUGCUCGGCAAAUGCCACAACCUUCCUCGUGCACGUGACGACGUCAUUCAUCUUGCAGACGCUGCCGGUGCCGCUUUGGCGCCCAACAAGGCUUUUGUGUUUGGAAUGGAAAUGCUGAAGAAGAAUAGUUCAGCAUGUAUUUGUGAGAGCUGUGCAAGCGUGUCGAUGGAAGGCGCAGAGUGCUUCCAAACUGACGAGACCGUGCAAUACCCAUACAAGAAAGAGUUGCUGCGCUUUUACUGCCCCAAAGGUCAAUACAACGACUUAGCAUCGCUGAUGUUGACAGGAGGAGAAGUUGCAAUUAAGCACCUGUUUCAUGCACCACCAGACUCAUUUGAUGUGCGCAAUCUUGUGGUAUUUUGGCUCAUGAUGCUUCUCCUGGCUUGCUUAACCUACGGUCUCAAGAUCCCAAGCGGCUUGUUCGUACCAGCAUUGCUUAUCGGCGCAGCUUAUGGACGACUUUGGACUCGAGUGAUUAAUUACUUCACAGGGCUACAUCAAAUCAAACCUGUCGACCCACGGACGUACGGGCUUGUGGGAAGCCUAGCGAUGCUUGGUGGUGUGACUCGUAUGACCAUCUCACUCACUGUCAUCAUUCUCGAGUGCACGGGCAACAUCGAGUUCGGUCUACCACUCAUUCUGACGUCGUUCUUCGCUCGCUGGGUGGGGAACUACUUUAACGAGGGCAUCUACGAUAUCCAUAUUCACCUGCGCCGCGUUCCAUUCCUGGACUGGAAUCCUCCACUACGCGGCGCUUUCCUCCGUGUGAAGCACGUCAUGACUGCAAACCCAAAGACACUGCGCACAGUCGAGCGCGCUGGUGUCAUUUUUGAUCUGCUCGUGAGUACGGAGCACAACGCGUUCCCUGUCAUCGUGGAGGAUCCAACGUUUGGGAGCUGCUUCUUUGCAGGCGUAAUACUGCGAAAGCAGCUGAACGUCAUGCUGAGCUAUCAUGAUUUCAGCGUUGAAAAACCCAAGCCAUUUCACCGUCAGCCACAUCCUGCUUCUUAUCAACCUGACGUAGCAUCGAUUGGUACCCUUCGCCACCGUCGCUCGAGAGAUUUGGAAGCGAAUGACACGCCCCGAGUUGAUGAUAAGUUGCUAGAGUCACCCCUUGCCAGCAAUUAUUGCUUAUCGUACCACGACAUGGAGAACCAUUAUCCGCGAUACCCAAUCCCGACUCCGAUGCACCAGGGUUUCCAGGCUGCAGCUCAUGCUGGUCGUAUUGCUGGAGACGAGCUGUAUACUCUGUCCGAAGAAGACCGAGCUUUGUGGGUGGAUCUUACACCAUACAUGAACCAGACGCCGUACUUGAUUCAGGAGGAAGCGCCAUUUGUGCGCGCUUACCGUCUCUUCCGAAGCGCUGGGCUUCGGCAUCUCGUCGUUGUGAACCGUCACAAUAACGUACGCGGUAUCAUUACCCGACGCGACCUGGAGGAGGAACAUUGUGCUCGCUGCUUCCGUCUGGUCAAAACAAUUGACACGGACGACGUAUAUCCACUUUCUGGUGCACCUCCUGUUGGUUUCUUCCCCAAAAUGCGCCACAAAGUCUCACGUACGGAGCAGGUAAAGCGUGCACUAAUCAACUCGACUCCAAGUGCACGAGACGGAGAAAGUGAGAACGAACGUGACACUGCCUUGAACGAACUGCUCCCGCAUUGA